CCGAAUUUGUAAACAUGUGCCAGUGAAAAUAAGUUUUAAAUUAUAACUUGUGAAGAUGCGGGUCGGAAUCGUGUGGAUUUUGUUCACCUACGCUAGAUAUUGUCUGGGUGUAAAGCUCCUAGAAGCGAACCCGGACGUCAAGCGUCUCUACGAUGACCUGCUCAGCAACUACAACCGGCUGAUCCGUCCGGUUACCAACGUGAGCGACAUCCUGACCGUCCGGCUGGGGCUCAAGCUGUCACAGCUGAUGGAGGUCAACCUGAAGAACCAGGUCAUGACCACGAAUCUUUGGGUGGAACAGAAGUGGUUCGACUACAAGCUGACCUGGAACCCGGACGACUACGGCGGCGUGGAGAUGCUGUACGUGCCUUCUGAACACAUCUGGCUGCCGGACAUAGUGUUGUACAACAACUGGGAUGGGAACUACGAGGUGACCCUGAUGACCAAAGCUACCCUCAAGUACACUGGAGAGGUGAACUGGAAGCCGCCGGCCAUCUACAAGUCUUCCUGCGAGAUCAACGUCGAGUACUUCCCAUUUGACGAGCAGACCUGCUUCAUGAAGUUCGGCUCUUGGACUUAUAAUGGAGCUCAGGUGGACCUCAAGCACAUGGAUCAGUCGCCCGGCAGCAGCCUGGUCCACGUGGGCAUCGACCUCAGCGAGUUCUACCUAUCAGUCGAGUGGGAUAUCCUGGAGGUGCCUGCUACCAGGAAUGAGGAGUACUACCCGUGCUGCGCGGAGCCUUUUUCUGAUAUAACCUUCAAACUGACGAUGCGCCGUAAAACCCUCUUCUACACAGUGAACCUCAUCAUACCGUGUGUGGGUUUGACUUUCUUGACAGUGCUGGUGUUCUACUUACCGUCUGACUCAGGGGAGAAGAUUUCGCUCUGCAUCUCCAUCCUGGUCUCCCUCACAGUGUUCUUCCUUGGUCUGGCUGAGAUCAUCCCGCCAACCUCCCUGGCGAUCCCUUUGCUCGGGAAAUACCUGCUAUUCACCAUGAUACUCGUCUCUCUCAGCGUUUGGUUCACUGUUUGCAUUGUAAACGUCCAUUUCAGGUCCCCAUCAACCCACACCAUGUCUCCGUGGAUGAAGAAGUUGUUUCUGCAGCUGAUGCCCAAGCUCCUCAUGAUGAGGAGGACCAAGUACUCUUUGCCUGACUACGACGAUACCUUCGUCUCGAAUGGAUACACCAACGAGCUGGAGAUGAGCAGAGACAGCCUCACCGACGCGUUUGGUGACGGCAAGAAUAGCGACAACGGCGACUACCGCAAGUCGCCCGCGCCUGAGGAUGACAUCCUCUCUGCCAGCGCUCACCAGCGACCCUCAGUAACGGAGUCGGAGAACAUGCUUCCCCGCCACCUGUCUCCAGAGGUCGCCGCGGCACUCCAGAGCGUCAGGUUCAUCGCGCAGCACAUCAAAGAUGCCGACAAGGAUAACGAGGUCGUAGAAGAUUGGAAGUUCAUGUCCAUGGUGCUGGACCGUUUCUUCCUGUGGCUGUUCACCAUCGCCUGUUUCGUGGGCACCUUCGGGAUCAUCUUCCAAUCGCCUUCACUGUACGACACCAGGGUGCCAGUAGACCAGCAGAUAUCCUCCAUACCGAUGAGGAAGAACAACUUCUUUUAUCCGAAGGAUAUUGAGACCAUUGGGAUUGUCAGUUAAGUUCGUAAUUUGAAGAAAAAACAGUAUUUAUUGGCCAAAACUUAUGACCCAACACACGAGUCAUAACUACGAUAGAUGUGACUCCACCUGUGUGUCACGAUGCGUCACAGUGUCAGUGCCAUAACACAACCAGUAUUUAAAAUAUUCGUAAGGAUUUGAUCAGUAUACAUUUAACCUAAAGUAUAAGUUCAGAAGCCCAUUGGGUUUUGUCAUGUAGGAGAUCGUAUCCUUAACAAAAUAUAUGUUUAUUUAUAGAGAAACUAAUUUUAUGUGGCAAAAUUUAGAUUAGACUAAAAUCAGAUUAAGUACGUCAAUCUAAAUGAAUGAAUAUUAUUGAUGAAAAUGAAGCUACUGAAAAUGUGUACUUAUUGAUU